AUGUCCGCUCCGGUCCCUUCCUCGUCGAUGCCUUCGACUCCCUCUGCCUCCCGUUCGCCGUCUCCAUCGUCAAGCUCGCCGUCCUUAACUGUGCAGAAGACACGAACAACGGCUGCUACUUCAUCAUCCGACAUAUCUUCAGCUCUAGCCUCAACCUCAUCGACACCUUCCUGGAGAAGAUCCCAUAUCCGCUCCAAAUCCUCUUCCUCGGUCUCUCCUCCUCCCUCGAUGAUCCGAGCACACAGUCUCCCCUUGCCAAAUCGGACAAAGUCCCAGGGUCCUCCGCCUGCAUCUCCAAAAUGGACGACAACUCCUGCCAGUCCGACUUAUAGGAACUCCUUUGUUCCAACUUUCCCGUCUACCCCUCUCAACCUACCUCCCUUUGCCAAGAGACCGUCCUUUUUGAGAACAGCCACGCCGCCGCCUCCAACUCCUCCAAAGGCGCCACCGGCAUACCUUGCAACCGAAGUGUUCCCAGGAGUCAACAGUCAGCUGUCUAGCUACCCUCCAUCCCUGACCAGCAAUGCUUCCAGUCCGACUUCUUCCCGCAGCUGCUCUCCAUCUUUAACAACAUACAGUCUUGAAACAAUCGAAGACUCUCCGGACGGCGAGCUUCUUGCUAUCCUUGAAGAGGAGGAAGAGCGACAACAACGUGAUGCAGCGGAAAAAGAAGAAAAGGACAAGGAAGACGAUACGAUUGGGCUUGGUCUUUCAUUGGUUACCUCUUCCAUGAACAACAUGUCCCUCCGAGAGAGCAAGCGACGACAAAGGUGGAGUGUCUGUGGAGCUGAAAGAAGAUCGGAUUUCGACCUCGAAACCAUCUACGAGGAUUAG